CAAACCGAGUCGAUUUUUGUAAGUGGGCUAGAUUGGGCCGGGUCAGCCCAACCCAUUUGACCGGUAUAGUUAUAUGUGACCAUAGCAGAUAACGACCAUAGUUAUGGAUCGUAGAUAAUGAAAGAUGAUAGACCGCCGCCAAACGGUCCUAAUUAAUUUCUUGCGACAUCUAAUUUCCAAUAUUCCAUUCUGACUGCUCCUUCCAUUUCAAUUGUCGUGUUUUAUUUUUGGAGAAUUAAUUUAAUUAAUUUUUAAAAUUAAAUUAAAUUAAUUUAUAUGUCAAAAUUAAAAUUUAGAUAUUCUAAGAUUAUACGAAAAGUACUACUCUCUAUAUUAUAUUUUAUGUGACGUCAUUUUUUUUUAUUCGUUCCAAAAAAAAUAUCAUUUUUCUUAUUUGAUAAAUAUUUAAAAAUACAAUUUCACUUUUAUAUUUAUUGUUCGCACUUACAAGAUCUCAUUUAAUUAAUUAAAGAUAAUAGUAAUACAUUUUUUAAUAAAGAAUAAUUUGAUAACAACAACAACAAAAAAAACCCAAUAUAGUCCCACAUCGUGGUGCCUGAUGAGGGUAGAGUGUACACAGUCCAUACCAUUAUCUCUAAAGAAGUAUAGAGGUUGUUUUUGAUAGACUCCCGACUCAAUAAUUUGAUAGAAAUUAUUAAAUUUUUUCUCAUUUUUUUAAAUUUCGUAUUCAAUUAAAUUAUGACACAUAAAAUGAUGAAAAACUUCAUCUCAAAAAAUAUAACAACUAAAAAGUAGGGAAAGAAGUAUUGACCAAUUCUAAACUGAAAACGCGUAAUCCUAUCUGGCAAUAUUUGGUCAAUAUAAACAAUGGUUUAGCUCUAAACUUCCACCCUUUGCCAAAUUAUGGGAAGUACUUUCAAUAUCCUCUAGAUUGUCUGACAUCUGACACAAAUAUAUAAAAAAGUCACUUCUUUUUUUUCUGUUACACGCUUCUUAAGAAAAGAACUAAAUAAAGGAUAAUUUGAUUAAAUUUUUCUUAUUUAUUACUUUUUUUAAUUUAAUAAGUACUUUUUUGUUUUGCACCAUCUUUAUAUCUCUUCAUAUUUAUAAUUAAAGUGGACAAAUAUUUUGGAGCAUUUAUUUUUUAUAAGGAUGGCAAGUAAAGUGGUCGAGAGUAAGUAUUUGGGUAUAUUAGGGGCGAAUUACUAAUGAGUGCCAAUCAAUUUUGUAAGUGUGUUCAUUUAGUCAGCUUUUUAUUUGGGUAUAGCAUGUGUGAAAAGUUUUCUUUUCUCAAUAACCAAACAAAUACAUUCAGCCACAUUUGUCCUUUGAAAACGUUGACUUCUCGUUCUGCAAUUGUGGGGCUUGGUCUUAUUAAUUAAAGGGAAGUUUAUGAAGUUCCCUAUAAUUAUUCUGCACAAGCACAACUGCUCCAUGCCCAACUCCACAUAAUACUUGCUACCAGAGCUAUCAAAUGCAUCAUCCAAGAUGUCAAUUCCUAAUUGUUUUCAUUCAACUUGUCUCUAUCAUUAGCUUUUGUCACUACGCAAGGCGGAUAAGAGGUGAAGAUAAUAAUAACACUAGUGCUAUAAAGGUGGACGUGGGCGUAAUUCUUGAUCUGGAAACAGAUGUGGGGAAAGUAAUGCACAUAUCUAUCUUACAAGCUCUUGCAGAUUACCAUGCCAACGCUAGUCGCGGUGCCAUUACGAUAGUUCCUCACAUCAGGGAUUCCAAGAAAGAUGACGUUGAAGCAGCAUCCGCAGCCAUAUACUUGCUAAAGGAAGUCCAAGUACGAGCUAUCUUUGGCCCACAAAUGUCUACACAAACUGAUUUUGUGAUUGAUUUAGGGAACAGAGUGAAAGUUCCCAUCAUUUCUCCAGCAACAAGUCCUUCACUUUCGGUCAAGGAAAAUCCCUUCUUCAUCAGAGGAGCACUUCCUUCUGCCAGCCAGACUAAAGCAAUUGCAGCAAUUAUCAAAAACUAUGAUUGGAGGGAGGUUGUAGUAAUCUACGAGGAUAGCCCCUAUGGAACCGGGAUAGUUCCGCAUUUGACCGAUGCCUUGCUGGAAAUCAGCACUUUAGUCUCCUAUAGAAGUGUUAUUUCUCCUUCAUCCAAUGAUGAUCAAAUCUUAAGGGAGCUAUACAAGUUGAACACAAUGCAGACAAGGGUGUUCAUCGUGCACUUGCAACCAUUUCUUGCCUCGCGCUUUUUCCUCAAGUCCAAAGAGGCUGGGAUGAUGAGCAGUGGAUAUGCAUGGCUCAUCACAGAUGUGCUAACGAGUCUUCUGGACUCGAUAGAUCCUUCAGUAAUUGAGUCAUCAAUGCAAGGUGUUCUGGGUGUAAAACCUUAUGUUCCAAGGUCAAAUGAGCUUCACAGUUUCACCAAGAGAUGGAGAAAGAGAUUUCGUCAAGAGUAUCCAGACAUGGACCAAGUAGAACUCAAUGUUUUCGGGCUAUGGGCAUAUGAUGGCAUCACCGCAUUGGCAGAAGCAGUAGAUCAAGUGGGUGCUACUUCUACCAAAAAAUUCAAGAAACCAGACACUGGAGAGAACUUAACGGACUUAGAUGCACUUGGAACCUCAGAAGUGGGAUCUCUGCUCAUCGACUCUAUGCAAAACACGGUGCUAAAAACAGGACUAAGUGGUGAUUUCCGUAUUGUUGAUGGAGAACUGCAGGCAUCCCCGUUUGAGAUUGUGAAUAUAGUAGGGAAAGGACAGAGAACCAUUGGAUUCUGGACUGAGAGGGAUGGCAUUUCAUGUAAACUCAAAAUGAAUGGUAAAACAUCAGCUAAGUGUAAUAAUAAGCAACUAGGAGCCAUUAUUUGGCCCGGUGAAUCUACUAUUGUUCCAAGAGGCUGGGAAAUACCCACAAGUGGGAAGAAGUUAAGGGUUGGAGUUCCCGUCAAAGGAGGGCUGGAGCAAUUCAUUAAAGUAGAAAGAGAUCCAAAAACACAAGCAGUAACUGCAACUGGUUUCUGUGCAGAUGUCUUCAAAGAAGUAAUCCAAUCUUUGCCAUAUGCUGUUCCUUACGAUUUUAUUCCAUUUCCAAUACCAGAUCGCCUCAAUCUUCCAGAUUAUGAUGAUCUUGUUCUCAAGAUCACUUCUAAGGACUAUGAUGCAGUUGUCGGUGAUGUGACCAUUUUAGCAAGCCGGUCAGAGUAUGUGGAUUUCACACUACCUUUCACAGAGUCAGGAGUUUCUGCAGUUGUGCCAGUAAGAGAUGAUGAGAGGAGGGAUGCUUGGAUUUUCUUGAAACCACUAAAGAGUGAGCUUUGGAUAACAACUGGUGCAUUCUUCAUCUUCAUUGGUUUUGUGGUUUGGGUACUCGAACAUCGUGUAAACAAAGAGUUUCGUGGACCCAAACGCAAGCAAGUUGGUAUGAUAUUUUGGUUUUCCUUCUCAACUCUCGUUUUUGCUCACAGAGAGAGGAUAACAAGUAACUUUACAAGAUUUGUGCUGAUUGUAUGGGUUUUCGUGGUUCUGGUGCUGACAUCGAGUUAUACAGCCAGCUUAACAUCUAUGUUAACAGUGCAACAGCUUCAACCUACUAUAACAGACCUCAAUGAUCUCAUCAAAAAUGGAGAAUAUGUAGGAUACCAAGAAGGUUCCUUUGUCAAAAACAUGUUGAAGCGCAUGAAUUUUGACAGCUCCAAGUUAAGAAAUUAUAGCACAUUGGAAGAGUAUAACGAUGCCCUCUCAAAAGGAAGUAUAAAUGGAGGUGUAGGUGCAAUUGUUGAUGAACUACCUUAUCUCAGAGUCUUCCUCAAUAAGUACUGCAGAAAGUACAUUUUGGUCGGCCCGACAUACAAAGCUGCGGGCUUUGGAUUUGCAUUCCCAAAAGGAUCUCCGUUGGUUCCUGACUUCUCAAGAGCAGUCUUGAAGGUGAUGGAGGGAGAGUUUAUGAAUAACAUAAUUCAGAAAUGGUUUGGAAAUGAAACUGAUUGUCCACAGAAAGAAGGAAUGGCUAUAACAUCUGAUAGUCUAACGCUAGAUAGUUUUAUGGGGCUUUUCCUCAUAGCUGGUGUAUCAGCAUGCUCCGCUCUUCUCCUAUUCUUUCUCAUCUUCCUUUAUCAGAAUAGAGAAAUCCUAGCCCGUGAUAAUUCAAUAGGGCAAAAACUUUCUGCAAUUGCAAAAGCCUUUGACAAAGAGAAAGUUACCUCUACUUCUAAGUCAGAAAAUCCAGAUGCCAAUGAGAGCCGAACGGAUACAUUGUCCGCAGCAAGUGAAGCUUCCCCUGAAAUAUUGCCCAACCUUCCUUUGCAAAGCCCAGAAAUCAGAAUUUCUGAAGGACUAGGAGCAUCCCCGGAACCUGAAGGGUUCUCUACUACAGAACCUGGAACUCCAGUUCAUGAAACCAUCACAGGGACAAUAGAAUAGAGAUGCCACAUAUAGUUGCUACCAUUAAUUGUGAUACACCUGAAUAGGGCCCUACUAAGAUUGUACAGAGAUGAGGUAGCUUUAGGGUUAGUUAAACCAGAUUACAUUAUAUCUUUGUCGCUCUCGGCCAGAAUAUUAGCAUCAAGAGGCAGCUCCAGUAUUCAAUUUGAUUUAUUUAACCCUUACUUUC